CUGACACGGAAGGUGGAUUUGGUGUGUGUGUGAGUGUGUGUGUUUCUCUCGCUGAGGGGGAGGAUUCAGGAUGUCAGCCAAGAUGUGAUGGUAUGCUGAGAGAGUAAAGUAACAAUUACUUCACGACGGGAAGAGGAAAGUUUUUCAAGAGAGAGAGAGAGAGAAAAAAAAAGUAAAAUGGCGACAAAGCUGUCCGACCUGGAGAAUGCCAUUAACACCUUGGUCACAAAAUUCCAUUCUGCUUCUUCUGACAGUCAGCCUACGCUGAAGGCAGAUGAGUUUAAGAAACUCCUCUCCUCCCAGCUGCCAAAUUUGGUCAAGACUGAUAGUAUUGGAGAAGUGCUGAAGCAAAUGGGGGUGAAAGAAGGGGAAGGCAUCAGCUUCAAAAACUUCUGGAGCUUGAUCCAGAAUUUGGCCACUGCCCAACAUGGUCUGCUGAGCAAUGAGAAGUUGUCCAAAUGCACCUGCCUUUUACAAUGAGCUGUUGGCUUCAACCACAGCUGCCAACAAGACCUGGUCUCUCUGCAUCUCUGCAUUUACCCCAAACCACAAUCCAUCAUCUUUUUACAAAAACUUCCCUGGUAAUUCCAAUAAAAAAAUGUUGCCAAAAUAAAUACACCUUGUCCAUUAUUUUUUCUGUAAAUUAGCUGUUUUUACAGUGUAUUGAGCAUUACAGCAAUCAUCUCUCUUCCAUCGGUGUCAUUUAAAUAUCAAGUAAAUCUUAUGUACACACAAGUUAUCUGGUCAUGAACCUAUUGAGCGCAGCAGUGCCUGACCAUUUUUCCAGCCUUCUUGGUUCUGGAAAGUUUUUUUUUCCCCAUUUAUUUCUUCCAUAGGGAUUUCAUAAAUCCUUAAUAAAAGAGUUCUAAGCCAUGAAAACCAACCAGCUCUGACCUGAAUUGCCGCUUUCUACAUUUUGUUGCAGUUUCCUGGUGAAAUGAACACUAGAGGCGCUACAACAACCACAUGUUUUAUUCACUUUCAACGGGUACUAUGGCUUUUUAUGACUUUAUAAACACUUAUUUUUCACUCUGUUACAUAAACACUGCUAUGUUAUUAUAUCAAACCACUUUAUUCUAACGCAUCAUUUGAAAAUGAUACACUUUAACACUUGUAUUACAGACCCACCUACAUUUACACACUUAUUCCAAUUUGAUUAACUUCCGCGGUAGCUCUGACUUUGGACUUGGAGAACAAGCCUUAAACCCUGCUCAAAAUGAAAGUGAAGCAAAAAUGCUAUAGAGGCGACACAAAAUUACGUGUUUGAUUCAUUAAAUGUGCUUUUAAUGUUGCAUUUGCUUUUAAAACACUAUCGGUUAGGUUUAGGUGUUGGUUUAGGGUAAGGAUGUCUGUUUUGUUCACCUCUCAUUUAUCUUUUUGAGCACUAUUGUUUAGGUUUAGGCUAAGGUUUUGGGUUGGAGGGUACGUUUUACUCAUUAAAACAUCUACCUAAUAUUCAUCUUAAAAACCUCGUCUGAUUACAACAUCAUUUCACUCGCUUUUGGCACCCCCUGCUUGAAAUUUCACUGGGAAACUUCAGCCAAUUUUGCCAUUGUCACGUAAUUUCAUGAGACCAGGCUAAGUAGUGUAGUUCUUCACCAGGAAUUCUGCUAUUAAACACACUUUCUAAAAAUAAAAUCGAAAUAACUGACUGUUGGAUUCAGCAGAAGCAUAGACCAUUGAUUAACAUCCACUAGGUAGGUCUUUAAAGCUCUACAAAUUAUCGUUAAAAAUCAAUUCCCCUACGGAGAAAAUGAAUGGGAUUUUUACUUCUGGAAACAGACUGUGCACUCUGUUGUCCCUAUAUUAACUACUUUAUAUACAAAGAAGUGAAUUGGAGUGCACUUUCUUUUCAUUUGCAGCUGGAGUUUCUCACACAAGUACAUUUAACAUGAUAGUUUUAACCUGUGUAUUGCUCUGUAAAGUUUAUAUGACCUGUGUAUUUUUCUGUUUCACAACACUAGUGUAGCAUUUAACACUACUGGUCUAAACUACACUGUUGCCAUAUUAGUCUAAAGCAUGUGUAUCACACUUCAGAAAAAAACUAAGCGUUUUCUUUUAAAUAUUUUUGUAACUCUGCUCUCUUUUCUUUUUUUUUCUUUUUUUUGCCAAAAAAAAUAAAAUAAGAAUAAUAAUUAUUAUCCAGAAUUAUUGUGUAAUAAAUUUCACAUCUGUCACUGUUUGAUUUUUUUUUAUUUUUAUAAAAUGUUAUAAUCUUUAUGUUUUAAAUCUGUUAUUUAGAAUCAAUAAUGGCACUUUUAAACAGCUGAUGUUGAAACAUGAACACUAUCUGCCUUUUUGUACUGAAUGAGGUCCUUAUCAACAUAAAGUUCAAACUACUAUAGAAUAUCAAGUCUUGAGAUGUUAUAUUUUAAAUCUUGUGAUUUUACUACUGUAUCUUUCCAUGCUAAAUAACUGCAUGUUACAACUUAUUUUUUCAUUCUGCAUUCUAAAGUCCCUGUAUGUGUGAAACAGAGUCAUCAACCACAGUUUCACAACUGUCUUUAAGUGUACUAUAAUUUAUAUAGUCUUGUCUUGCAGAGUCAGAGGAAAGAAUACAAAUGUUUGGAUCUUCAAUGUAAAUUAUCAAGAUAAACUGGUGAAUUUGUGUGAUAAUUCCAAAGUGUUCAAGUUCUCUUCUGAGUUCCUUCAGAUGUAAGACCAGUUCAUAUUUAUUGGAAUUUGUAUAAGGUUAACUCCUUGUAUGCAUGAUUGGAAAUGGUCAGAGGCAACACAAGGCAACAGGCCAGAAUUUAAUAAAUUAUUCCCACAGAUAUAUAGCUGAGUUUAGCAUUCAUCUGAUGUUUUUGUUGAUGGUCAUUUAUAAUGAGUGGGAUUGAAAGAUGUGUCGUCUUCCAAAUUUCCUCAGUUUGAAUUAUUAUUCAGCAAUAAAAGUCACAGAUCAAAAGCUUCCUUAA